AUGCCCUCCUCGACCGUCAAGCGCGUGCCGCGCAGAGCCUCUGGGGUCGCCGCGUCUGAGGCUUCUUCUUCGGGCAAUGAGUCCGAUGCACAGACUUCAUCGUCGCCAUCUGUGUCUGAAGACGAUGCAGACUCACAAGAUAGUGGUUCCGAGUCAGACCACCUCGACAGCGUCGAGUCGCGGAAGAGGCGCAAAGUCGCACCUGCUGCCAAAGAGGACGAUGAGCCAGCGGUGUCCAUUGUGAACGUCCCCUCACGUAUCAAGCGGAGGGCUGAGCACAAGCCCGAGCCCAGACCAGAGCCUCAGCAUGUCAAAGAGCCCCUUCAGACGGUUCUUGCCCUUACAGACCCGAACACGACUUUUGAGUCUCUCAAUGUUCGGCCAUGGCUGGUGCAGUCGCUGGCCAACAUGGCUAUCAGGAGACCUACGGGUAUCCAGAAAGGCUGUAUCCCAGAAAUUCUAAAAGGGAGGAAUUGUAUCGGUGGGAGCAGGACAGGUUCAGGAAAGACGAUGGCUUUUGCUGUACCUAUAUUACAGAAAUGGGCAGAAGAUCCAUCUGCAAUCUUUGCUGUCGUUCUUACCCCUACGCGUGAACUGGCCCUCCAGAUGUUCGAGCAAUUCAAGGCCAUAUCAUCACCGCAAACUCUGAAGGCGGUUCUUGUGACAGGAGGUGCUGAUAUGCGGCCGCAAGCCAUCGCGCUGGCUCAGCGUCCUCACGUUGUCAUUGCUACCCCUGGCCGGCUGGCAGAUCACAUCCGCACUUCAGGGGAAGACACCAUUUGCGGUCUGAGGAGAGUCCGCUUCGUUGUGCUCGAUGAGGCAGAUCGUCUGCUGUCUGCUGCCGGUCCUGGAAGCAUGCUCCCGGAUGUUGAAGAGUGUCUGGGUGUCUUACCACCGCCUGCGCAGAGGCAGACGCUGCUCUUCACCGCAACAAUCACGCCAGAGGUCCGAGCUCUCAAGAACAUGCCGCCCAAACCGGGCAAGGAGCCCGUGUUUGUGUGCGAAGUCGAUACUCAGGUGAUGGCCAUUCCCGCCAGCCUUCACCAGACCUUCAUCCAGGUCCAGGUGACGCACCGGGAGCACUACCUCCACGUCUUCCUUCUGACCGAGGCCAACGCGGACAAGUCGGUCAUCAUCUUCUGCAACCGCACCGACACCGCCAACUACCUGCACCACCUGCUGAUGCUGCUCGAGCACCGCGUCACAGCGCUGCACUCGAAGCUGCCCCAGCGCCAGCGCAUCGACAACCUCGGCCGUUUCCGGGCAGCCGCCGCGCGCAUCCUCGUCGCGACCGACGUCGCAGCGCGUGGUCUCGACAUCCCGGAGGUGAGCCUCGUGAUCAACUACGACAUCCCGCGCGAUCCGGACGACUACAUCCACCGGGUCGGCCGUACCGCGCGAGCCGGGCGCAAGGGCGACGCAGUCACGUUCGUGGGCCAGCGGGACGUGGAGCUGGUGCUGGCCAUCGAGGAGCGGGUCGGCCGGCCGCUGGAGCCCUGGCGGGAGGCGGGCGUCAACCUGGAGACGAGGGUCAUGAGGGACGCGCUCAAGAUCGUCGGCGAGAAGAAGCGAGAGGCCCUAUUGGACAUCGAGGAGCGCCGGGAAGCGGGCGGCAAGAGGAAAAGAGGGCAUCAGGCCCUUCGGGCGGCAUGA